AGACUUCUGAGGAGAAGUUAUAAUUUGACAGCAGUACUAUAGCAUGAUUCAGGAACUUGAAAUUUCGUAUUGGAAAACAGGCAGAGUUCGAGUUCGACCAGACUGAUCGUGAAUAAACACGCAAAAGAAAAAACAAUGCCCACCUUCGAGUCCUCAUUCCUCGUCCAUGGGCAUGACCCUUCCCGCGUAGCCGCUUUCCAUCAGACCAAUGUGUCUGAGAUUUUCCCACUCCUUAGUCCUCCAGGCUGUGCGGUUGAAAUUGAUCCUGCGAGACGCUUGGCCCGUAUGAGUGAUGGGGCUGAACUGCGGUUUACUAUGUCAUGGCUGAGUGGUUUGGGAUGAUCUAACUUAAUGAACGACGAGGACGAAUGACCUGUCCAACUGUCAUUUAACGCAAGUUGAGGACAAUUAAUCUGUCCAAGUCCUACGCCCACUCCUGCUACUUCUUGGUGACCAGUUGUAGUAUCCCCAACAAAGCCCCGUUGUUGACAGCUACUAUAAUUAAUCCCAGACGAAGGAACUUGCGUCUCCUCCUCGUGAACUUGCGUGAUGUUACCUAGCAAAAGUACUAGACAGUGUAGAUGGAGGACCUACUUCCUCGUCUUCUAACAAUCUACCUCGCUUUCUGCUAUCCUAUUCGGUGGCACGCGGUCCACCGAGAUGUGUCAACGAGCGGUUUCACGGACGAAAUGGUAGAUGGGCCGCCAAUGCAGAAGUGGGUCCAUCGACAUCAGUUCAGAGCUCCUGCACCAGAUAGAAGUGGUGCUGGUGGGGGCCCAAAUAUAAAUACUAAUCCUAGUAGUAGUACUUCUAGUUCUGGUCCAAAUGUAAUAAGUGUGACAGAAGUAUAUGACAAAAUUGAGUAUGAAUAUGCGCAACCAUGGUACAGUUUGGGAGGCAUUUUGGGGAGAACACUCUUCAACCCAGGAGCUUUGUGGUUGCUCUUUACCUGGCGUGCUUAUGCGACUAGGAAAGCUCUGAAAACUUGGAGUGUCGAUGGUGUAGAAGAUAACGACAGCACGAGUCUCGAAAGACCACUUUUAGAUCGAACAGCACACAAUCACAAAAUCAAGGAGAAAUAAACGAAGAACAACUUCAUGAGAAAGAAAAUCGAAUGUACAACCAUGUUGAAGCUUAUAGUCUAGC